AUGCUGACUGAUAGAUUGGAAAAUCUGGAGACGCUUUUGAGAGAAAUGCGGGAGGAGAACAUCAACAACAUAAGCGAACUUAAGAAUGAGUUAGCCGCUGAGAGGGCUGCAAGGGAGGAAAAGGAAAAGGAGGUGGCUGCACUGAAAGUACGACUCUCGCAGGCAGAGGAAUCUCUGUCGCAUCAGAAUGAAGCAAUGUGCAAGAUUUGGGAGGCGAUUUCACAGUCUUUGUGCCAGUCAACAACUGGUAUGGUUCCUCAGGAUGAAGGGCGGGUUUCAAGCAAGGAGAUGGAAUCACUUGUGUCUGCGUUGGUAGCACAAUCGGCGCAAGCCGUGAAGACGUUGGAGCAGCAAAAGGAGGAAACGAAGAAGGUCUGGGAGGUGAGAAACUAG